UACUUGGGCCGUAGGCUGAUAGUACGCAGAACCGAUCCUAAUCACACACGGAUAUAUAACAGAAUACAUUUAUCAUCCACAGGCUGAGCGAGCGAAGAAUAGUGGGACUACUUUUCAAGGUAGCCAGGCUUUCUGUGGGAUUAUCUGUUCAGCGUUCAAGAUGAAGUUCCUGGAGUUUGGACUAGUAGUACUUCUCUGCGUUCUAGUGACCAGCGAGGCCGUCGACAAGCUAAAAAGGCGGGAAAGAAGACGGUUGCGUGGAAGACGAUGCAACUGUGAGAGUGUGAUGCAAAAGGUGAAUCAAAUGAUGGACAAAAAACUGCAAGUGUUUGAACAGAGACUUGGAAAACUUCCCGCAGACAAUGACAAUGCUGUUCAGUUGUCGUCGACGAAAUUAAAAGCGAUGGCCCAUAAACUGGAUAUGCUGGGCAAAGAACUUCAAGGAACGAAAGCCUUGAUGCAAAAACAGAGUGUGACACUGCAACACACGCGACAGUUCCUCUACAACAAGCGGGACGAUUUCGUCUCUCUGUCGGAGAAGUAUGCGGUACUGUCGAACACGGUGCAGAACCUCAGUGCGGUUGUGGGGCAUCUAGAACAGCUGCUUAGGGCGGAUACCACGGAGCCUGUAAUCCUUACUCCUGUUGAACCCGAGACAUACCCAAAGGAUUGUGACGAGGUAUAUCGGAGCGGAGGGAUGAGAUUUAUUGGAGAUUAUUACAUCAUGAUUCAACCCGAGGGCUCACCGGAACCUUUCAAGGCGUUCUGCAAAGUCUUCAACAAUUCUGGUUGGACCGUUAUCCAGAGACGCCAGGACGGCUCCGUCGACUUCUACCGGAAGUGGGACGACUACAAAAAGGGUUUCGGGAAUCUGGAGAGCGAAUUCUGGCUGGGAAAUGACAACAUCCAUUAUCUCACUAACCAAGGUGACACAAAACUUCUUAUUCAACUAGAGGACAUGAGUGGCAAACGUUACCAUGCCUCUUACGACGAAUUCAAGGUGGACAACGAAAAGAACCUCUACACCCUUAAUGUAAAGGGUUACCAUGGUAACGCGGGUGAUUCACUGACGUCACAAUGGAAAAAACACGACGGGAAGCCGUUCAGCACGUACGACCGGGACAACGACGGACGUAACUAUGACAACUGCGCGGAGCACUAUCAUGGCGCUUGGUGGUUCAAUACUUGCUUUGAUUCCCACCUGAAUGGACGUUAUUACACCAAAGGAUCGCAUUCGAACUACUUCGUGAGGAACGGCAUCCUCUGGAACGGCAUUCAUGAAUAUUCAUCGCUGAAACACGUGACCAUGAUGGUUACCAACGUGCAAAGCAGACCGGGGCACAGGAAUGACGUGUAGUGUGACGAAAUUCGUGACGUGUGUGAUACCCAUUAUGGUUUGAUGAAUCUCGGUCUACCGGAUGCCCUCACGGGGGAGAAAGAGGGCGUAUUUUUCAUGAGAGCAUACCGUUGUGGAUUCGUGGUAUUUUCUCUCCCUCCCAGCUUGAAACAGCUCUCUCCCGGGCAGUUAAAACCAGGGCAGAAAUAUUUAGACGAAGUAUUUUAGGAGACUAAACACUUACAAUGGACUCUGUAGAAUUUCAGAGGUGAAGUCCCAACCAGUGACCCCGCCUAACUAAGCCCAUUUUUCUUGGUGUUGACCGUGAACUUUCAUCCCGAUGAGAUUUGGUCCGAGAAAGAUGUGGAAGAUGAAAGAUGUGAAAGAUACGAGAUGAGGAAGAUGAAAGAUGUGAUAACACGAAGCUGUCUUCGUGGGUUACCCAGAAAGUGCAAACCUGGACUGACAACUAAUUUAUGCAGACACAAAACUGGGGAGCCGAGGCUGUGCCCUUUGUUAUUUUAUUCAUCGUCAUCUGUUUUUCUAUAGCAAAUGACAUACAGUGCCAAAAGAACGAAACGAAACAUUUUUGUGAAAUGGUGCUGACUUUGUAAAUUAUUUCUUUAAUGUUGUGUCAUGUAGAAGUGUCUAGGAAGUGUACAUGUAUCUACACGUAAAUGUUAACUCUUGUUUGGGCAAAAGAUCAGCAAAUUGAUCUGGAAUUUCAGUUCAGCUGUCGGACUAAACUUUGUGUGUCUGUGGAAGAAUAUAUUUAUUUAUUCUAAUUAGUUCCAAAGAAGCAACUGAGAAGCGCAUUUUAGCUUCCCGUGGCUUUUUACAGACGAUCCUACCCUUUGUCAUGUGAUAAUAACGUGGCUAGUUAUUUCAAGUGUUCUAUUUUGAGGUGAACUUUUCUCCUUUGUAUGUAAUAGUCUUUGCAAGAUUGUUUAGUUCUCGGCGGGGUAAUUUACAAAAACACUCUGAUGAGAUUGCGCUGUAUUUAAUUGUUUGUUCGUGUAACCUUAAAAAAUAGCACGCUUUUGUGAGCCCAGUUACGAUGUUCUAGCCAUGUGUUCCUUGCUACGUUCAAUUAAUAUCACAUCAAUGCACGCCAGACUCUUGUACUGGCGCCAAAUCUUACAUUCUUUGCCAAAAUUUUCAAUAAGAUAAGAUUUUGUAAGUUUUUCCUUCACAAUGACGAGGCCGUCUCUGUAAUAUUCCAGAAAAGUGCCUCGUUGAUUAUAGUGCCUUGCAUCUUACCUCAAAUAAAGUGCCUGUAAAUAGUGAGGGGACAUUUUUUGCUCCAGUCCUGAUUGGUGGAUCCGGAGAACGCUGGGUGGAGAGAAAAAAUUGUCUGGUCGUUUUCAGAACAAACACUUCUCUGGUUGGUUAUUUUUUUUUUCUGAUGACGUAUUGUUAUUCGUGCGAAUUUUGUAUGUUUUGCGCAUGUGUACAUUGAUAUGGAGGUAUUUUUGAAGAAAUAAAUAGUAAACAAUGA